CAGAAUUUUGAAUUUGAAAAUAAACACCCUGACAUAAAUGCAGCCAUGGUAACCACACAACAAGAUGUCUUAUAGUGACCAAAUAUGUGUUAUAUUCCAGUUGAACUACAAUAUUUCUCCCUUUUGUGAAUCUGGUGUUGGCCUCAUCAGUUCUCGUUGGGAAGAAUGGAGGGAUCAAUUUAUUGCGUACCUUGACUUGAAGGGAAUAUCUGACGUUGAGGAGAAACACAAAGCACUGCUAUGCUUUGGCGGACCUGACGUGAGAAAGAUUGCUAAAGAUGUAGCCGUAAGCGGGAACCUAAUGGAUAACGCUUAUCGAUCAGUAUUGGAGGCACUGGACAACUACUACGCACCUCGGAUGACCUUACGUUAUGAACGGUUCAAAUUUCGACAAAUGACUUUCAACCCUAAAGAGAAGCUGGAUCAGUUUGUCGUGCGUUUGAGAGCUCAAGCUGCCGUUUGCAGUUUCGGAGAUCAAAGUGAGGACAUGAUAAUGGAUCAAAUAGUGUACGCGACUCAAACGGAUGAUAAACUACGGUCCAAAUACUUAGAGGUUGACACGAGCUUGGACGAAAUGUUGAAAAUCGGACGCACGCAUGAAACCGUUAAUAAACAGGUUCAAGAAUUUCGUUCCAACCCACUUGACAGCGCUGAGAUCAAUACGGUGGAUCAGUCUGUCAAACGCACGAAACCUAAACUGACCUGUGGCAGAUGUUUGGGAAACCAUCUGGCUUCCGAUACGAUAUGUCCAGCUCGAGAGUCGCAAUCGUCAAGUACAUGA